GGCCUAGAAGGCGCCGCCGUUGCUGCCGUGCUAGCAACCACUGCUUAAUGUGGAGCUGCUUUUUCAGCUCGAAAUACCUCAUUAAAACAAAAAUCACACAGCUAAACGCGUUUUCUGUACAGCUGUUCCUGAGCCAACAUGCCUCCCAAGAAACCAGCCCCGGCCGGGGGGAAUAAAAAAACUCAGGAGAAGAAAAAGGAAAAGAUUAUUGAGGACAAAACUUUUGGUUUGAAGAACAAGAAAGGGGCCAAGCAGCAGAAGUUCAUCAAGAACGUUACUCAGCAAGUCAAGUAUGGGCAACAAAGUGCCAGACAGGUGGCCCAGACUGAGGCAGAGAAGACCGGAAAGAAGUCUGACAAGAAGAAGGAGAUUGAUGAACUCAAUGAGCUUUUUAAGCCUGUAGUUGCUGCCCAGAAAGUUGGCAAAGGUGUCGACCCAAAGUCAGUGCUGUGUGCGUUCUUUAAGCAGGGCCAAUGUACUAAAGGUGACAAGUGCAAGUUCAGCCAUGACUUGUCAAUGGAAAGGAAAUGUGAGAAGAGAAGUGUAUAUGUGGAUGAACGAGAUGAAGACCUGGAGAAAGACACGAUGGAAAACUGGGAUGAGAAGAAGCUGGAGGAAGUGGUCAACAAAAAACAUGGAGAGGCUGAGAAGAAGAAAGCCAAAACUCAAAUUGUGUGCAAGUACUUCUUGGAAGCCAUUGAGAAUAAUAAGUACGGCUGGUUCUGGGUUUGUCCAGCAGGGGGCGACAUCUGUAUGUACAGGCAUGCCCUGCCACCCGGAUUUGUACUGAAAAAAGACAAGAAGAAGGAGGAGACGGAAGAGGAGAUCUCGCUAGAGGAACUCAUAGAGAAUGAGCGUGCAGCUCUGGGUGUAAAUGUAACUCGGAUCACACUGGAGACUUUCCUGGCAUGGAAGAAGAGGAAAAGGCAGGAGAAGAUGGAUAAGGCCAGGGAGGAGAUGGAGAAGAAGAAGGCUGACUUUAAGGCUGGAAAAUCACUUGUGGUGAGCGGCCGUGAAGUGUUUGAGUUCCGGCCAGAGCUGGUCGACGACGAUGAUGCUGAAGCUGAUGAUACUCAGUAUGCCAGCUCAGAUGAGGAGGUGGUUGAGGAUGAGGUUGAAACUACAGAUGUCCAGGACAUAGACUUAUCCCGUUUUGUUCCACAAGAGGUCGACAAUACAGGCAUUACCGUAGCAUCUAUGGACCGAUUCACCUUGAGGAAUCACACGGAGACAAAAGCAGAAGAUGGGGAGCAGCUUAACGGAGCUUGUGGUGGCACCGAGGCCAACGGGCUUUCGGGAGCAGAGGGCGGAGGGGAGGACAGCGGAGGGGAGGAUGAAGAAGAGGAAGAGGAGGUACCGGUGGAUGAAAACCUGUUCACAGGAGAAGAUUUGGAGGAACUUGACGAGGAACUUAACACACUGGCCCUGGAGGACUGAGAGGCAGGGCAUGAGGAGGGGUUAGGACGGACUACGGGACAAAGGGAUGGACUAGUGGAUGCAUGGAGCUAAACAUCAAAGAGACCAGACGUUUGAAUGAUUUUAAAUUUCAGAGACUCCAGUAAUAAAGCCUGAUUAUAUUAUGACAUCA